AAUACACCUAGUAAAUUUUUAGUUACACGUGUACAGCAGUACUGUACCAGUCUCUCUCCGUUCCAGAGACAUACGGGGGAGCGGCAGAGGUGGUGAGGAGACUGGCACGAGUGCAAUGUCCUGUACUAUGAUUUGGAUUUUGUUGGUCGUUUGCAUAAGCUUUCCUUGCCGAUCUCUCCAGACACAGCCUGAUCUUCCAGGUCACUUGAGACCGCUCGGAUUUCACAGACCUCCGUUGGGUCACGUGGAUGAGUUUGAUCAUGUCAUCAGUCCGAGAGAAUUUUGGGAGAAGUAUGCGUCAAAGGGAGAGCCAGUGGUCUUUCGUGGAGCUGCAAAUCAUUCAGCCGGUUUCAGCCGGUGGACAAACGAAUAUCUGGUAGAAAAUUAUGGAGACUUGGAACUAAAGUUGGAGGCAAAGAAGGAGAAAGGUGGAGAUUUGCCUAUUGGCGAUGCUGGAAUGGCUAGAGAUACUUUGAGACAUUUUAUUAGUCGAUAUGAAAGAGAUGAUGUCUAUGUAGUGUCACAGUUGCCACAGCCCAUGUAUCAUGAAGUAUCUGCAUUGCCUUGUCUCAUGUGUGGUUCAUUCAGGAAGCGUCUGUUGGAAGUGAAUUACUGGAUGAGUUCAGGAGGUACGAAGAGCAUACUUCAUCGAGAUGCAGACAAUGCAAUUAACUGCUUGUUUACUGGAAAGAAGGACUGGAUUCUGAUUGACAGACAAUACACUCACCUUGUGCCUUUGGCUGCUGAGCCAACUGGGGCAUUUGGUGCGUUUGCUCUACUCGACAUUGAGAAAAUUAAUUUGAAGAAAUAUCCUGAUUUUGCUAAUGUUCCAUGGCGAUAUGCAAACCUUACAGCUGGAGAUUGUUUGUUUCUACCUUAUAGUUACCUGCACCAAGUAACAUCAUACGAACGCAACAUUGCUGUGUCUUUGUUGUUUGCCAGAUUCACUGAAUUUGAAGAGGAUGAGAAUUGCAGUGAAGACAAACUUGUAUUCACUCCACUCAGUGAUUUACACAUUACUUGGUCGUAUCCCGGACAUGGAGAAAUGUCAAUGGGAAAUCUUGAUCCUGAACAUGUGAGACAAGGUAUGUUAUCAGCAGCUGGGGAUGACAAAGUACUGACACGUGAAGACUUUUCUUCUAUGCUAAGAGACAGAAGGGGCUCUUCAAGUGAAGAAGCAGAAGCAUUAACAGAGCGUCUAUUCACAUUUCUGGGUCCAGACAUUCAUGGUACUAUACCUCAAUCAGACAUUGAUGGAUAUUCAGAAGAUACCUUAAAAGAAAUAGCUGACCUGAUGGAUGGAGACGAUGCUAAUACAGAAGAGUAUGAAGAGUAUUUGCUUGAUGUUGGAUAUGUGCAAGAUUCUGUAGUCAAAAUGGUCCAAAGCAGUGAUGAACUAGAUGUUGAUGAUUUUGUAAUGCAAUGGGUCCAUGAUGUGGGAGGAUCAAUGCCAAUUGGUCGACGUUUAUUCCAUGACUUAGAUGUAGAUGGAGAUGGUAUUUUGAGCGAUACAGACUUAACUAAGGCCGGAGAUGAGCCCUUCGCACCUUUCUCAAAGUACAAAGUGGCAGAUAAAGGAAAUGAACAAUAUUUUGAAGAGUUAAAGGAAGUGAACAAUCUAGCAGCAGUUGAAGAAACAGAGGAAAAUCAAAAUCAUGAUGAACUCUGACUUACCCUCAGCUCUAGUUAGUAAGGUUUACAGUGUUGUCACCCAGGUGUCUACAUUUUAUUGGUGUUUCAUUAAAACAUAAAUAAU